UGCAGUGCGUGCGCGUCUGCGCAGAUCUGCGCAGCCGUGAGGACGGUUCAACACUGCUGCUGGAGAGAGAGACGGCCCAGCGGCUGCAGCUGGAGCAGCAGCUCAGAGAGACGGUGACGGAGAUGAUGACGCUGCAGGCCAAGAGCGACUCGGAGAGAGCCGAGCUCAACAAACGGCUUACGGAUGCCGUGAGAGAGCUGGAGCGUCUCAAAGCUCGUGUGGAGGACAGAGAACAGGAAGUCACAACACUCAACAGGAAACUACAGGAUCAGAGGAGUCUUGAGGAGACUGAAGUUCAUUCACUGAAGAAACACACUGCAGCACUGCAGAACACACUCAGAGACAUCACACAGACAGUAUACGCUCUGUGA